CUUGAUGAUAACAUGUUACCUUAAACUUUGUUGUUUUCAUCGUUCAUUGUUAACCGUCAAGUGAUUUAAUUGUAAAGUUCAACAAUUUCAAGUCGAUUUGUGAUUUAUUUUCACCACUAUUUAAGUUUCUGUUGAUUGUCAGUGGAUAUAUUUAUACAAUUAAUAAUAAUCUUCCCCGAUGGAAUCAACUGGAUCAUAUUUAAUUCAAUUACAUUUGUUAAUUGUCAUAUUUUCACUUGUAAUCAUCUUACCAAAUAAGAUUGAUUCAACAACGACAAUAUCAUCAUUAUCAUCAUCAUCAACAACAACAACAACACCAUCAACAAUUAGUAAUGAUACCAAAACAUCAGAAAGGAUUUCAUAUGCUCGUUUACUUUCAACUGGUCCUCCUUUGAGUUGCACUUAUCAGGGAAAAAAAUAUCCUCAUGGAGAACAGGUUAUCACAAGUGAACCCUGUCUUAAUUGUACCUGUAAACGUGGGGUACUCCUUUGUUUCCUAAGAGUGUGUCCAUCAUUGAUACACCUUCAUGUCGAUGAAAAUUGUGAGACAAUCAGGGAACCUGGUCAAUGUUGUCCAACAGUAAGAUGUACAAGUCGAUCUGCCCCAUUGACCACCGAUCCAACAGGCUCCUCAUGGUCAGAAGAACGAGAAGAGCCAAGUGGUACUGGUGGUGUUUUCGGCGGUUUUCCUGGUGCUUUUGGUAUGGGUGGAGGUGGAAAUGGUGGUGAUCAUGAUUCACAAACAACACCUUAUUCAACACCACAGGAAGUUGCCAAUUCCCUAACCUCAGAAUCAAAUGAUUCUGAUUCAUCUCUCCGUAAGAAAUUGGUUGGUAAAGGUAAUAGUAACAAUAAUCGUAUUGUUGUUACCCAUAGAGACGAAGUUACUGUUUUCCAAACUAAUCCAACGACAGUUUUUCACGAUUCACCGAAAUUGGUUACAUCAUCUCCUGGACAUUAUUCGUAUUCCAAAGACGAUAUUGACAAUUUUCCAACCAUUUUGAACAGAAUUAAUCGAGAUUGUUACCUAAAUUCAACCCUGUACGCUGAAGGAUCCGCAGUCAUGUCAUCAUCUUAUUGUGAAUAUUGUUACUGUAUAAGAGGUAAAAAAAUGUGCAUUCGCCCUCGGUGUCACUUGGCUAUUCUUGGGUGUAUACCAAGGUACACAAGUGAAUACGCUUGUUGUCCAACAAGUUACGUUUGUGGUAACUCACCUAAUCCAAGCAUUUCUCUGGAUGAAAGGACUUUGUCACCAUCGUUAUUAUCAGCAGGAGGUGGAGGAUUUACACCACCGAUUAAAUUGUUGACCAUGACACCUUCAACUACCACUACUACUUCAACAACUACAGUCCGAACAACAACAACAACCUCAACAACAACAACUACACCAAGAGCACCAUUUUCAAUGGUUACAUCAACAAGUCGACCAUUAAUGUCCAGUACAUCAACAUCUGAUUAUGCUUUCUCUCGUAAAGUUUGUCGGGUUAAUGGAAUAAUUUAUCAACUAGGAGAUCAUGUUCCAAGUGAUAUCACUUGUCAGAAUUGUUAUUGUUCCUAUGGAGGUGUUAAGAGGUGUAAGAAAAUUCAUUGUUCCCCUGUAAUGGAAGGUUGUACUCCAAUUAUCCCUGAGGGUCAUUGUUGUCCCACUGAAUAUAAAUGCCAAGGAGGUACUAAGGCUCGGGUGGAUACUUCACUUGAAAAAGAGAUUCCAAUUGCUGAUGAACCGAUGACCACUGAAUUACCUUCCGUUAAUUCAACAUCUCAAGCUUGGUUGACCACUUCUUCUGAUAUUGAUAUAUCAACUGAACAAAAUGAUUCUGAUUUAAUUGAAUCAACAAGUGUUGUUAGUGCUGUAUUAAAAUCUGCUGAUCUGGUUAAAGAUUUACAUUUAUCUGGAGCUGAUGGACGAAAAUCUUUUGAUUCAAUCGACCGACCCGUUGAAUUUGGCAAAGCUAUUGAAAAGCACAAUUCUAUCCCAUCUUAUUCAUCUUCAUCACUCUCACCGGUCUCAUCUAAUGAACGUAUCGAUUUAACUACACAAUCAGGAAAAAGUGGUUCGGUAAACAGCGUUAUUGAAGCUCGAAGUGAAAUUGAUGAUAAUCCAACAGAAUUAUCUGAUGAAAUUGAUAAUAUUGCUACAACCAUUGCAAGUUCAUCAUCAACGACCUCAACUCCAUCCUCUGUUUCAUCCCAAUCACCAUCUUCAACGGUAAACAUAACAACAACAACAACAACGACAACUUUAGCACCCACUUCCACUUCCAGUUCCACCACAACACCGACACCAACAACUUCAUCUACCACAAUUAAACCAACAUCACCACCGAUUACUACAACUAAAAAACCAAAUAAUUCCUGGUUUAGACUUGACGGACAAGGUGAACAAGAUGGUGUUGGACUUUUACUUGGUGGAAUCAUCGAAGCAUUAGAAAGAAGAAUUCAAAGCUCGCUACCAGCCGAAUCUCGACUACCUUUGGACAAAAAAGAAACUGUUCUUAACGAUUUCAAUAAAGUAAAAAAACCCGCAGAUGAAUUGUUUAGCUUGACCGAAAAAAAUCAACCUUCCAAUCAAUCACCUGAUUUCUAUGGCUUGACCAAUGCAAAUGAUGAUAUCGGUAGUUUAACUUUAAACAAAAGUGAACCUCAAACAUUAAAUGAAACUCUUAACUCUGACAAACCCGUUGUUGGUACUAUGAUUGUCAAACCGGAAGCUGAUGAACAUUUAAAACAUAGUGGAUCUGCUUUAGACCCUUCUAAUGUUGAGAUAAUUACGGCAGCAACUCCUUUCCUUCAUGAUAUUGGUCAACCCGAUUCAAUAUUGGUCAAUUUGAGUUCAUCUUCGUUUAAAGUUGUAACUGGUGACGUUAAAGAAAUUGACAAAAAGAAUCUCAAUUCAACUUCGAAACCUAUUACAAAUGUGAUCUUUGGUACUGUAACAUCAGUCAACUUGACCAAUCAAACCGAUUUUGAUUCUAUUAAACCUUUAAUGAUGUACAAUUUUGGUCAUGAUGAAUGGAAAGUAAUUAACCAUAAUCAUCGUCCUACUUAUAAAAAUGAUCCCAAUUCCCAGGAUCAUUUUGGUAACAAAUAUCGAUCUGACGAUACCGGAGCCGCCGAAGAUUUUGAUAUAACAUCUAAUUCAACCGAUAAUUUGGACAAAAAAUCACGUUCAGAGACAGAUUCUGAACUAUCUCCCGGCAUCUCAUCUCUCCAUCCCGGACCAGGUUAUCUAAAUAAUCACAAUUACAUGUCUUUCGGUCCUGGUGACGUUUCUACUAAUUUUCCGCACUCUCACAAUAAACCGAAUUCUAGUUUCUCGAUUCGAUUGCCAACAAAUCGAAAACCAACAAAUCAACAUAAACAAAUACCAGUUUGUCGUGUAAAUGAUCAAGAGUAUACCAAUGGAGCGAUAAUACCUCAGAAAAAUCUCUGUGUGACCUGUCGAUGUUUCUAUGGACGCGAAUUAUGUCACCAACAACGAUGUUCACCCCACCCUCCUCACUGCAAAUUAGAAUACGUUGCCGGAUUUUGUUGUCCAAGAUACAUUUGCAUUAAUCCUAAUGAAACAAGCCUCAUAAAUCCAGCCAUUGCCAUGAAUCCUGGUUUUCAGCCUUUCCAAAAACCUAAUUCAUCUCAACAACCUCAACAACCUCAUCAACCUCAUCAAAUGCUUCCAGUUCAACCACCCAAAUUAGGUUACAUACCAUUGAGUGGAUUACCAAUUCCUGCUGAAUCUGAAAUUCACAAAGAAACUGUUGUACCUCCACCAAUGAACAUUUUCUCAACUAAUCAACGUCCAAAUCUCCAGCCCAAAGAGAAACUGAAUACAACUGGUUUACCAUUGAUUCCACCAACCGAUUUACCUUUAUCAAAUAGUCGACCUGGACCACAAUCACCACCUCAGCAACAAUUAGUAACAAAUCAAGCUACACCAAAUGGCAAUGGAAGCAGGAAUCGAAUCCAUUUUCCUAUCGGAAAACCAGAACCAGCUGAUAUGAUAAACAAUAAAAAUAUCACUGCUGAGUCAAUUUCCCAAGGAAACCCAAUGUUACCGAGUCGUUUACCAAAUUUACUGCCUCAUAUUUUCAAACAAUCAACUCUCCUCAACAAUAAUGGUCAACAACCAAUUGUCAACGUUAAUCGUCAACCGUCAAUGGGUCCUAAAAAACCCUCUUGGCCAUCAAUAGGUCCACAAAUCCGACCGACCAACCCACAGAAUAAGCCGAUCAUUGAUAACAAUAGAUUCCCAACAGCUCGACCCGAACUCCCGAUUUCAAGUACAUCAUUUGAUUCCCUGAGGAUAACAAAGACUACAACGGAAAAGGAUAUUCAACCUCCAUCAUCAACAUUUAACAUUCCUUCAUCAACAUCAACAUUAGAGCCAUUACCAUCAUCAUCAUCAUCAUCACAGCCGACAAUUAUGUCUACAACAAUUAAACCUGAAAUCUCAUUAACAAGUGAUAAACCACCAACCAUUGAAGUUGCUUCUCCUAAUAUAAUUGAUCCAUUCUUGGCAAAUGUUUUAGCUCAAACCGGAUCGAAACAAGAAUCUAAUUCAAAAGAAUCAAUUAAACCUGAGGAAAACAAUAAUCUACCAAGUCCGGCCACAGGUAUGGGCCCAAGUCCAUGGGAUGUAUUAAGAGUUUCCGGUUGUAAUAUUUAUGGUACAUUUUACAAAGUUGAUCAACCAAUCGACAAAUUAAGCUCAUCGUGUAAAAAAUGUUUCUGCUCAUCAUUUGGAGUUCAAUGUAACAAAGUUUGCUAAACAACAAUGAACAUACACAAUUAAGACAACCACAAGAGAGAAAAAGAGAGAGAGUUCAUUGUAUUUCAAUUGAUUGUGAAAAUUUAACUUCCCUGUCAUUAGAAAUUCAGGCAAAAGAGAGAGAGAAAAAAAAACAAGAAAGGAUAAUUCUGGUUGAUUUAAUUCCCUUUACCCUUUUUGUCUUCAGCGAGAAAAAAAGAAUGAUUUUCUUUUACAUCUCAAUUAAUGUAAAUAUUCAUUUAAUCUUAAAUUAUGGUUCCAUAGUAGGGAUACAAAUAAUUAAUUUACAUUUUUAAAUUCA